GUAGUGAUUACGUCGGCAGGAGUGUUGACGUUUAUUUGAAGGAUACGGAAGCUAUGAAUAGUAAAAAAAAAAUAAUUAGUGGAAUAAUAAGGAAUAGAUUUUAGUGACUUAUUUGCAUAUUGGAAUGUUUUAAUAAAGGGUGCUUGGUGUGUCUAUUUAAUGACUAUAUGCUACUACAAAACUCGAUGCGCGUGAGGGCUUUGGCUCUAACUGCAACGCGCCAUAUUGGUUUAAGACAAUUGCUCGUGUUAAUGGGGGCCUGACUGAUACAACUUUUCUAUCAAAUCAACGUAGAAUUAUUUAUUUCAAAUCAUGGAGGAAACCAAAAUAAUUUACCAUAUUGACGACGAAGAGACACCUUAUUUGGUUAAACUGACUAUUUCGCCGGAGAGGGUGACUUUGGCAGAUUUUAAAAAUGUCCUCAACCGACCGAAUUAUAAGUAUUUCUUCAAAUCAAUGGACGAUGACUUCGGGGUUGUAAAAGAGGAGAUUGUAGACGACGAUGCACAUCUUCCAUGCUUCAAUGGACGAGUAGUCUCAUGGUUGGUUUCUGCUGAGGGCAGUAAUGUGUCGGAUGGAGUUUCACAUUGCACUGAUUCUGUAGCACAUAGUGAAGUAAAGCACGAUCGCAUUGAUCAUGUAACACCAGGUCAUACAAAUCGUGGUCCACCACCGCUUUCGCACGAUGAUACCUUAACAGAAACUGAAAGUAUUAUAAGUAGCCGACAAGGUCAUCAUUUACAUAAAAGUUCAAGACAUCAUACAGACAAAUAUGAAAAAUAUAAUAAAUACAAUGGAUUGCGAAUAAAUGGUCAUUCUAAGCAUCGUUCCGGUCAUGGCUAUGAAACAGCCUCAAUAUUGAGCUCAGAUUUGGAAACGACAACAUUUUUAGAAUCGGACGAUGAUGCGAGUAGUCGUAUUACAUCGACAACAGGUCGUCAUACUAAUAUGAGUAGUGCAGUUGACAGAGCAACUUUAGAUCGACGUAGACCUCAAAGAAGAAGAAGACACAGAUUACCUCCUAUGUCUCGAACAUCUUCAUUUAGCAGUAUCACAGAUAGCACAAUGUCUUUGAAUAUCAUAACGGUCUCAUUAAAUAUGGAUACUGUAAAUUUCCUUGGAAUAAGUAUCGUUGGCCAAAGUAACAAGGGUGGAGAUGGAGGAAUUUAUGUUGGAUCUAUAAUGAAAGGGGGAGCUGUAGCCUUAGAUGGCCGAAUAGAACCCGGUGAUAUGAUUCUUCAAGUUAAUGACAUUAAUUUUGAGAACAUGUCUAAUGACGAAGCGGUAAGAGUUCUACGUGAAGUCGUCCAAAAACCAGGACCAAUCAAGUUAGUUGUUGCUAAAUGUUGGGAUCCAAAUCCAAAAGGUUAUUUUACCAUACCAAGAACAGAGCCGGUGCGUCCUAUAGAUCCAGGUGCAUGGGUGGCACAUACAGCAGCUAUACGAGGCGAAGGUUUCCCACCUCGUCCACCAAGUGCAACAACAUUAACAUCCACAUCGAGUAGUCUUGCUAGUACUCUACCUGAUACAGAACGACCACUAGAGGAACUCCACCUUACCAUUAAUACAGAUAUGCCAACAAUAGUACGUGCUAUGGCACGUUCUGAUUCGGGUCUAGAAAUUCGUGAUCGCAUGUGGCUUAAAAUAACAAUUCCGAACGCAUUUAUUGGGGCAGAUGUUGUUGAUUGGCUUAGCACACACGUAGAAGGAAUUAUUGAUCGUCGUGAAGCCAGAAAAUACGCAUCAUUGAUGCUAAAAGCUGGAUUCAUCAGACAUACUGUGAACAAGAUCACGUUUUCCGAACAAUGUUAUUACAUAUUUGGUGAUUUGUGUUCUGCUAUGAGCAGCAUGAAAUUGGACUGUGACACGGUUGGACCUUUACCACCUCCUAAUGCUUGGGACAUGCCUUACUCAGGGACAUAUGCACCUCAUUCUGCGACUGGUUACAGUCCAAUGCCAUUUAAUUUUACUAACGAACCAACUGUAUAUGGAUAUCACAGAGAAGAAAGUGUUCAUAGUGGUUCAGGUGGUAGCAGUGCAGGUAGUGAACAUAUUUGUAAGGAACCUAUCCACGACUUGAAGUCUUGUUCUUCAGCAUCUGAAUCAGAAUUACAUAUCCCAUCUGUGCCAAGUAUGCCAAGUAAGAAUUCUGGUAAUGGGAAUGGUUCGAAUGGUAAAAGGUCUAAUGGAAGCCAUAGUCGGUCCAGUGGGUCCGAACAAUCGGUACAGACAGGAACUGGUUCAGGAACUCAACAAAAUCAACAAGACUUAUCUGGGUGACGUAUGCACGAAGAAUGUCGCACGCGGACAAGUAAUUUGGACAACAAUACCAGAGAUAAUAUUUGUGAGUGUAGUUUUAUUUUCAUAUUUUCUUUUACAUUCCAUUAAAGAAUAUAGAAUGAUUACAAAAUUAAAAGGUUUGGAUAUUUGUGUUAAAAUAAUCUCGGUAUAGACCGUUAUCUUGAAAUCAAACGAUUAUUUUAAAAUUUACAGAGAGGAUAGUAUUUUUCGACGAGAAAAAAAAACGAACGAACGAACGAGCAAACAAACAAAAUUUCUUGCACCGUUGAUGUUUAGCAUUUGAUAUGUUUGCAUUUGUAUUAUUAUUAUUAUUAUUAUAUACACACUUUGAUAGAUAAUAUUUAUGAAUUAUCAUUGCACAAACAUAAUUGCAACAGAAUGUGUGUGUAUUUAAGUGUAUAGCGCCCUUUCAGUGCAGUAGAUAUGAGACAUUACAUACUUUGGAACAUGAAAUAUUUUUAUUCUUUACAGAUGAAGAAGACAUUUUGGAGUACCAGUUUCUGCAUAAGUGAAGAUAUUUGUUAUAACGUAAUACGUAUACGUAAUGACAUUAAUAGACGUAAACAGGAAGUUAUGAUAUAAUUCUACGUCGUUUUAUUAAAUGGACGGAAGUAGCACACGCGAAACAUAUGUUUAUAUAUUUAAUAGGCCAAUUUUGAUAAAAUGCUGUAGAAGGUAAAAUGUCCAAGCUCAUGUAAUAACGGUUUAUAAUGUCUAUACAUAAUAGAGUUAAGGUCAUUGAAAUCUCUAUGUGACAAAUGUGUCCUUUUUUGAAAUGUUGUUACGGUUUGUGUUAAUUCAUACAAAGCAUUUGCAAUACUAGGGGUUGUAUUAUUUAUGCAGUAUUCUUUAUAUACAUAUACGACGCAUAUGCGUAUAUAUAUUUAAGGAAUAAAUAUAUAUAUAAUAAGUAUAUAUAUAUUACAAAUUACUGCAAAUACGUGCAGAUCGAUAGAGCUUAUUAAUUUUUAUAAGUACAUCCAGUACUGACUCCUCUGUUUAAUAACGCGUUUGAAAAAUCUCAUAAUUUUCAUCAAUUAUUAUUAAUAAUUAUACUUCUGUAGCUUUUCAUUAUUAGAGAGUAAUUUUUCUUUUCAAAUUAAUUCAAAUGCUAUAUAUGCAUCGUUAAAUCUUAGUUAUUUUCUUUUUCAAUUUAUAAACAAGAAGAGAUUUUUGAUGUAAAAUGAUAAAAAAACAUUUGAUAAAUUCACGAAUACAACUAUGUAUAAAUUGUUUGCAUAUACGACAAUAUAAUUAAAGCCCAUCGUAGAAAAAAAAAUCGUAAUAAAACAAAAGUAUCAAAUUUACAGAAUGUGAACGGACGAUUUAUACACGUAUAAACGAUAUAUUUUCCAAGAUGGAAAACAUCUUGUAGCAUUAAAAUUAAUUGUGAUAUUACAACAAUUUCGAACGAAUUUUAAAAGUGCAACAAAAAGAAUUAGUUACGAUAAAACUAAAGAAAAUAUUUCGGACUAAUCUAUGUAGCCAGCCCUUACGUACAUAAGCAUACAUACAGCAGACAGCAGACAUACUUCAUUCCGAUUUUUAAUGAGUCGUAAAAGUGAUUUUUUAAGUGCGCAUACUGAAAACUCAUGGAAAACUCACUUAUAUGUAUACGCAUAUAUAAACACAUAUAGAUAUACAUAUUAUAUUUAUUUAUAAAGGAAUGUAUAUAAAUUUUUUAUUGUUUUUACCUAAAAUUCUUUAUGUGUAUAACUUGCGUGGAAACAACUCGUGCGUUUUUGAACCGCUGUGAGUAUUACGUAAUAAAGUAAUUAA